CGCAACUUUUUAUCACCACUAGUCGCCUACUUACUAUUAUAAAUAAAGGAAUUAAAACAUAAUAUUGGUGGAAAUAUGUGUAUAUUUUUGUCAAAUCGGUUGAAAAAUGUGUGAGCCAUAUGCAGUCUAUUAACACGUAAUUUGUCUGGCUAUGGGACAGGGACCAAUUUUUUGACAAAUGAAUGCGGCCGACGCCCACGCCCACGCCCACUAUCUGCAGAAUUUCCUUUAUACGAAUUUUUGAAUAACUCGGUAAAUUAGUUUGUGCUUGAAAUCGAACAGUCAGUCAUACAGUCAUUUAUAUGAAUGACGUUUACCGUAAACUUGCUGAAUUUGGAUAUCAAUACGGAUACGCAACGCAAGCGUAAUGUCACAAGUAAUACCAAUUCCAAUUCCAAACACGCCCACACCCCACAUGCUGACGACAUCAACGUUAACGCCUAUAGAUUCCACGACGAAACAACCACCACAAACAGCAGCGGCAACAUUUUCGACUCUAGGCGGCGGCGGUGGUGGGGCUAUACAAAACGAACAGGCGCCAGAUGUCAUUCUGAGGGCCUCAACAAUUUUUGGCGAUAUGAAGCACAAACAGGAUAUGUCGGUGGAGGCGCCGCCCCCGCCAUUGGAUCUCGAAAAUGUAAAUGCACAUAGUAGAGUUGGUACCACUGAGAACAACAACGAGGAUGGCCUUCAAUUCGUUGACAAUAGCAAUAGCAACUCAAACUCUAAGAUACGCAUUAUGCCCACCAUUAAAUUGCUGGCCACUCCUCAUGCGGUCGACCCGAAGCGCAAAUUCGUUUGUCCUUACGACAAUUGUACAAAAAGCUAUGGAAAAAGUUCUCACCUGCGCUCUCAUCUAACCUGGCACACAGGUAUUAAGCCUUUCGUUUGCAGUGAACCCAAAUGCGGUAAGGGUUUUACUCGCUCCGACGAACUCAACCGGCACCUGCGCACCCAUACAGGUGAAAAGCCGUUUGAGUGCAUACAAUGCACCAAAAAGUUCUCCCGCAGUGAUCAUCUAACGAAACAUCUGGCGACGCAUGACCGGCAACUAAAGACCACUGCCAGCACACCAAAACGAUCAGCGCCACAUAGUUCCAAGAUGAAAUCCAUUAAGAAUUUAACGGAACCAUCGGAUGCGGAUUCGGGGUUCCAUUUCAUGGCUGUGCUAAGUGGCGGCGGUGUUGGUGAUGCGGGCGAUGACGAUAGCCCGAAUCAGCAUCCUCAAUCCCAUCAGCUGCAUGCUCAGCAGCAUCAACCUGCAGAUCUAGGAUUCGAUCACAAACCACUGAAAAUCAAAUUGGAACGGCCCGAGCACAGCGAUAAAUAUCAAAUAGUGGCAGCACCACCAUUGCCAACUGAUCUUCAGAUGACUCCAUGCUACAGUGCCAAGCCGGAAGUAAAAUAUGAGCCUGCCGACGAAAUUGUACAUACACUAUCUCAACUACCGCCACAGGAUGGACCCAGCACCUAUGGCAUGCCUCAGUUUGUCCAAGAUCGGGAUCGCCCCUUUCGAUGUCAGCAAUGUGAGAAAAGAUUUAAACGUCAGGAUGAUCUUAAUCGACAUAUACGAACGCACACAGGUGAAAAGCCCUAUGCCUGUCCGCAGUGCUGUAGGAGAUUCGUUCGCAGCGAUCACUUGAAGAAACAUCAGCAGACGCAUUUAAAAAUACGAUAGAUUCGGAAUUAUCAAUUAAGUUAAAGCAGCCAGUAUCCAGUGGCGACAUCAUCCCCCCAUCCCAAUUACUAUUAGUUAAAUCGGCCGUGUGUUGGGUUACGAACACAGUACAAUAAAAAAAACAAAAAUAAAAAUAAAUUGGAAAAUUAA